CUCAGUAAGAGCUCUGUCCCGUGCAACAAGUCACCUUACUCUAGACUUAAGCUAAAAGAAAAGAAAACCUGCGAAUGCUUUUUCCGCUCUCUUAUUCUGACAACUAUUAAAUCAAAUAGAGAGGUAGUGAGUGAGUUCCGGUGUAUAGAACGGCAGCGUAGGUAUCAAAAGAGAGGAACAGAGAGUAAAAAAUGUUUAGGAACCAGUACGAUACAGACGUAACCACAUGGAGUCCAGCCGGUCGGCUGUUCCAGGUAGAGUAUGCGAUGGAAGCGGUGAAGCAGGGUUCGGCGGCUAUCGGACUCCGAUCUAAGACUCACGUGGUUCUCGCGUGUGUCAACAAGGCCAACUCUGAGCUAUCCUCUCACCAGAAAAAGAUCUUCAAGGUCGAUGACCACAUCGGCGUCGCUAUCGCCGGCCUCACCGCCGACGGUCGGGUUUUGUCACGCUAUAUGCGAUCCGAAUGCAUUAACUACAGUUUCACUUACGAGUCCCCGCUUCCGGUUGGUCGGCUUGUCGUUCAACUCGCGGACAAGGCUCAGGUCUGCACCCAACGCUCAUGGAAAAGACCUUUUGGUGUUGGUCUGCUGGUAGCGGGCUUGGAUGAAUCUGGAGCCCAUCUCUACUAUAAUUGUCCUAGUGGGAACUACUUUGAAUAUCAAGCUUUUGCUAUUGGAUCUCGCUCUCAAGCGGCAAAGACAUACUUGGAACGCAGGUUUGAGAACUUUAUGGACUCUCCACGGGAUGAUCUGAUCAAGGAUGCUCUCAUUGCAGUUAGGGAAACCUUACAAGGAGAAACACUCAAGAGUUCCAUCUGCACAGUUGCUGUAGUAGGAGUUGGGGAGGCAUUCCAUAUACUGGAUCAGGAAACUGUGCAACAAUUAAUUGAUGCAUUUGAAAUCGUUGCCGAGCCAGAGGGUCCUGCUGCUGAAGCUGAACCUGAGGCUGAGCCAGAGCAAGGUGCCGGGCCUGACCAGGGUGCUGCUGCUGCUGACCAAGGUGUGGCUCCAAUGGACAUAUGAUGAUGCAGGAAAAAAAAAGGCUGUUUCUGUGUCCUAGUCAUUAGUUGAUGUUCUCAAACGUGUUUGCAGGAUUUAGUCGAAAAAACUGAGUGGCACCAUGAAAGACAUAGUUUUCUUGGAUUUUUCAUUUAUGCAAUUAUCUUUGCUUCAUUGGUGCAGACAUUUUUAUGCUAGAUGCUGGUGAAUUUUUAUCUAUAAAUUUACGUUAAUACUCGAAGACAAUCAUUCAACUCGA